GUGAUAUCCUACUUCAUAUUUUGCAAUAGAUUCAUAGAGUUCUCCAUCCCAACUCAAAAAGCUAGCUAGCUAGUAUCCAUUUCACAGUACUCUAUCUCGAAGAUGAUGCAAAAGAUACUUGUGAAGUUGCAAGUUCAUUGCGACAAAUGCAGAACCAAGGCUAUGAAAAUUGCAGCAAGUGCACCUGGUGUAAACAAAGUGUCAAUACAAGGUGAACACAGAGAUCAUGUGGAGGUGAUUGGGGAUGGAUUUGAUUCGGUUUGCUUGACUAGGGCUUUGAGGAAGAGGCUUGGCUCUGCCAAUUUAGUCAAGGUUGAGCAAGUGAAAGGAUCCACAGAUAACUAAGUCGAGCUACUAUGGACAAAUAACUGCUCUCCUAUGUGACUUGUACCAUUUAAUUCCCCUGACAUUUCCAAAAGCGAUUUGUGUCUGUUUUUUGUGCAACAGGUGCAAGUGUCUUUUUCACAUAUGUAAUUGGCCUUUAUAUUCACAUGCCGGUCUUUCCGAACAACUCAUUCCAAAAACUGGUUUAUAUACUUAUGCUGGAAAAAUUAUCCGCCCCUACAUGCGACUCUAAGUGCGAUGUAGCGCGUGUGUGAAUGUGACGUAUUCUACUGCAUUGAAAAAUUAUAAUUAUGCACAAAAGAUUACAAGAGUAUAUUAGAAUUCUCAUGGUUUUAGGUUAGUUUUAGAUUAGAAGAACAAGACCAAAGUGAAAGCGAAUGAGUUCACUCAAUUAUCCCAUGGGUGAGACCGGUGUGGUAACACACGUACUCCGGGUUAUCUGUCUUUUUACAUGACUCCUAUGUAUAAAGAAUUUUUACAACGAGGUCAA